GUUGCUUUUUUAUGGCCGCUAGAUUCCCCUUGUUUUGACGUUCUUUCAUUUCAUUUUUCGUAAAACGAGAGGGGAUUUCUUAUUAACGACGGUACAACGAGCGCGAUUACGCCGCAUUUUAUCCGUUAAAGAUACAAUAAAGCCGUCAAACUGGAGGUCCUGCAAGUUACGAGGGAGGACGCCGAUAUGACGUCCGUGGCUAGGAGACAAGAACACGAAGAUUCCGGAGAAUAUUCCGACGCAUCGCAGGAUAUCGAGCACAAUAUCUCCGUGAACGAUGGUGGGCAGCAUGAGUCGGACUAUGACUCCCAAGGGAGCGACUCUGAGCAUUCGGACCAGGAUUCUGAGAACAAGGAGACGGAACGUCGGGUAGACGAUGACGAAGACCGAAGCAAUCCGCAGUACAUCCCCAAGAGGGGAACCUUCUAUGAGCACGAUGACCGAACUGCAGCUAGCGGCGAGGAAUCAAGCAACGCGACUUCGGAAGCGGCUUCGGAGAAGAAGGAAGGAACGGAGCCGCCGACCGAGCGACGUCGACCGCCGCGCAAGUCUGAGAUAGUCAACAAGUGGUCCCAUGACAAGUAUAAUGAGAACGAACAGAUGCCGAAAUCCCGUGACGAGCUGGUCGCUAUCUACGGCUACGAUAUACGAAACGAGGAUGCGCCUCCUCACGCGAGACGCAACAGACGAUAUGGUCGCGGCCCCAACAAGUACACACGUACCUGGGAGGACGAGGAGGCGUACCGGCGUCAGUCCGCCGCGCAGCAACUGCCGCGGAAACCGCCCACCGCUGAGGACUUCCCCGAGCUCGAUGGCCGCAGACAUGGCAAACCGCGUCCACGCCCUCGCUCCAAGUCUCAGCCGUCAGCCAACGAGCCGGUGGAGAACGGCUCAGGUCAGCUUCGUCGUAACGCCUCUAUAAAAUCUACCAAGAAGCCGGCAGUGAAGCAAGGGUCUGGUCGCAUACCGGCCAAGCCUGCGAACAAGACGCCAAACAAGAGAGACGAGAAGAUGCCGGCUAUUGAGAACCUGACUAUCACCGCUAAUGUGAACAAUAACAAUAAUAACAAUCAAGGUCAGGCCCCGCGCAAGGUGAACGCGACGGUAGCGCAGCAGAGGCCGGUGCCCACUGACCAGGGACGGAAGAAGCCCAACGCUAAUGCACAGCCUCAGCCACACCCCAACCCCCCUCGCACGAAGUCUCCCCCCUCCACGGCCCCGGCACAGUCCGCCCAACAACAGAAGACCGCAAACAACCAACAACAACAACAGGCCGCUGCAGGCGGCGGUGGCAGCAAACGUUACAGUAGCUUGCGUCAGCGUCCUCUAGCGGACUCGUACACUCCGCAGCAACAGCAACAGACGCAGCAACAGACGCAGCAACAGCCGCAGCAGCAGCAACAGCAGCAACAGCAACAACCACCUCAUAGAUACCAUGCAGGUCCGGGCGAGUUCGUGGGCGGCAGCGGGCACGGCGCCGCACAGACCCACGCGCACCCACACGUACUACACCAGCAGGUGCUAGUGGGGCGCGGGUCCCCCCCCGCGCACGGUCUGCCCGCGCCCGCCGCGCCGCAUGCACAGCACGCACAACAGGUCCGACUGGGUCUGCUGGAGCAGCCGCAGUUGGCGCCAGUGCCCCACCCACACCACAACAUGCAUAACUUACCCAACACACACUCUAUGGGUCAAAUACAACCAGCACAAGGAUACGCCCCGCCUGCCAUGAUGCCCGCUCAGUAUAUGCAACAAAGCAACAGUGGCGCAGUGUUCGGUGGCGCGAUGUUCCCGGCGGGCACUCACCCCCCGCCGCACGCCCCCCACGCUCCGCCUCACGCCCCCCACGCCCCGCCUCACGCCCCACCCCACGCGCCCCACGCCCCGCCUCACGCCACGUACCAACACCAAAUAUACACGCCGCACCAUAAUUAUGCGGGAGGAGUAACGUACUACAACUGCGCGGAACAGGAGGCGGCGCACAGUGCGCGCGCGCAGCGACGCCCCACCGCCGCCAUACCCAUCGUCAGCCCGCACCAUGCCGACAGCAGGCCAGCGAAUUCGUCUGAGAAGGACAACAUAGACAGGAUCGUGGAGAACAUGUUCGUGAGGAAACCGUGGCCAGCGACACACGGGGCUGAUUCAAAAGAAAAACAGCCAGAAAAUCGCAGUUCUCAGGAACCACAGAGCAAAGAGUCAUCUCAACCGAACAGUCUAACCUCAAGCUCAAUCUCCACCGACUCUAAACCUUCUGAGAGUAGAGAAGAGAAAGAAAAAGUUGAAGAAGUGAGAGAAGAAGAGAAGAAAGAGUCAGUAGAGCCAGUUGUCACACAAGAAAGUAUAGCGACGGAUGCCUGACUGGUAAGAAUUAAGUUGUAUGAAUGCUACCAAGCGAAGUACUACAGUAAAAGGUAAAUGUUUAUACACGAUCACGCUUUUAGGUAUUGGUCUUUAACCGACAGACUAUCAAAAAGUUAAAUAUUAAACGCCAUUUAACCCAAAUUAUUUACAUAAUUAUGUUUAGCAGUUUACUUUUCGUAACUGUUUGACGAGGGAACUCGACUUGUUUCGAGGUACGCUUGGGACUCAUAUUCAUUAGCAGUAUUUUAGACAGUUUAUGUUAUGAGUCCCAUGUAAUAGCGGUUUGCAAGAACCGAGAAUAAUUUCAAAUUCAAAUUCCUUACUAUUUCACUUAUUUUUUUUGAUAAAUUCGGUUUUAUUAUGUUCGGCCCGGGAAUCGUGGCAGACUACAAAAGACAUGGAACAAAAAGCCUUGAACAAUCCUUAUUUAUGACAAUAUUUUUAGCGUAUAAUGUCUAGUGUAGGUAAAUAUAUUCUAAAAUCCGUUUAGAGUCAAUUCUAUGACAAAUCGAUUAUACCAAUCGAUUACUUAACGUCAUUCGAGUUGACUAAAACUCAUAAUCAUUUACUAUAAGUAUAAAAAUUAAGUCUUGUACAUUUUUAUCGUAAUUAUAUAGAAAAGUAUAUAAAAUUAAAAUAUUGUUAUACGCUAAGAAGUCUAUAGAGAUUGUUAUUUAGGGGUCGAUUUACAGAAAAA